UCGAAGGCCAAUUACAAACAAAAACACUUUGAAAAAAAACAAUACUGCAGAUAAACCGCCCUAAUUUACAGCCAUUGUUCGCACUCGCAGAUAUCAGUGAGCUAAUCUGGAGUAACACUUUGUCCAGUGCAGUCAGUAACAACUUUCGCCCGCCAAAGAACGGACGCUUUGCUUCGACAUGGCCGCAUACAAGAUGGGAUCGGGGUACUCCGUGCCUAUGACUCUUUUCAGGGACAACAGGCAAAGGUCUGUCCAAGCAAUCCAGCAGAGGAUUGCAGGUGGCCUUAAAUUCGACUCGGGCAAUUUGUUGGUGUUGCUUGAGGGCGGCAAGGACAAGAGCCUGUACAACACCGACGUGGACUACGUGUUCCGGCAGGAGUCUUAUUUCCAGUACCUCUUUGGAGUCAAGGAGCCCGGAUGUUAUGGAAUCUUAACGAUUGACGUGAAAACGGGUGGCUACAAGAGUGCGCUGUUUGUCCCUCGUCUUCCUGAAGAGUAUGGAACAUGGAUGGGUGACCUACUGGCUCCGGAGGACUUUAAAAACAUGUACGAGGUGGACGAAGUCUUCUAUGUCGAUGAACUCAACGACUAUCUGGGCCGAGCUGCACCUAAGUUGAUACUAACGCUGAGCGGCACAAAUUCCGAUAGCGGCCUAACCCUAGAGCCGCCAGAGUUCGAUGGCAAGGAGAAGUAUGUAACCGACUGCGAUCUUCUCUAUCCCGUCCUCUCCGAAUGCCGAGUAAUCAAGUCGCCGGCUGAGAUUGAGGUUCUGCGAUAUGUGGCCAAAGUCUCUUCUGAUGCUCACAUUAAGGUGAUGAAGUUCAUGCGGCCGGGACGUAUGGAAUUUGAGGGCGAGUCUCUAUUUCUGCAUCACUCCUAUUCUGUGGGUGGAUGCCGCCACGCCUCCUAUACCUGCAUAUGCGGUAGCGGCACCAACUCUUCAAUCCUCCAUUACGGUCACGCUGGAGCUCCCAACAGUAAGCCCGUCCAAGACGGCGAACUUUGCCUGUUCGACAUGGGCGCCAACUACUGUGGAUAUGCGGCAGACAUUACCUGUACAUUCCCGGCCAAUGGAAAGUUCACCGCCGAUCAGAAGUUUAUCUACAACGCAGUACUGGCGGCCCGUAACGCGGUGAUGGAGACUGCUCGGGACGGAGUGUCCUGGGUGGACAUGCACAAGCUGGCAGGCCGGGUGCUUUUGCAGCAACUUAAGGAUGGCGGCAUGCUGACGGGUGAUGUGGAGGAAAUGCUUGAGGCGGGUGUUUCUGGAUACUUCCAACCCCAUGGCCUAGGACAUCUGAUUGGCUUGGACGUUCACGAUGUGGGUGGCUAUCUGCCCACGGAACCGAAGCGUCCGAGUGAACCGUGGCUUAGCAAGCUGCGCUUUGCACGAAUUUUGAAGGCCGGCAUGUACGUGACAAUUGAACCUGGAUGUUACUUCAUCACCUACAUAAUGGAUCGGGCUCUGGCCAAUCCGGACAUUGCAAAGUACAUUAACGUGGAUAUGUUCAAUCGCUUCCGUGGAUUCGGUGGAGUGCGCAUUGAAGAUGAUGUGCUCAUCACCGCCACGGGCACCGAAAACUUUGCGAUUGUGCCUCGUACGGUGGAGGAAAUUGAGGCCACCAUGGCUUCAACAUAAUCCUGUAUUAAUCAGUCUGCUGUACACACAAAACAAUAUACAAUAUUUCCAGAAUAUGUAAUGUACUGAUACAUAAUAUAAUUAUGUUUUAUCCAAUAAAUUUCAUGCGAAUAA